UAUCACAGUGACACCACUCACUCCAUCGAGUGCAUUGUGUCUGUAAGAGAGGCGGGACUUGACAUACCUGUCUAUCAUCCUCAUGACGCAGCACAAAGCAGAGUUAUGCAGAGAAGCGCCCGCAGCUAUGGGGAAUGGCCUCAUCCUAUGUGCCUUUGUGUGUUAUUGUGUGCGUCUAUAACGAACUGCUGAUAAAGAGACAAACAUCAGGAGUUAAAGAAAACAUGGAUUGAAGACUGAAGAAGAAACUGAAGAUCAACAUGUCUGGCAGAGAAAGCAGAGCCGUUGAUCGUGAUUCUGCUCACAAUAGAUGUCACAGCAAACAGAGAGAUCCUCCAAGCAUGAGCGCUGCAGCUUCUCUGAGGAUUGUUCUUCUGGGUAAUCCUGGUGCUGGUAAAAGUUCAUCUGGAAACACAAUCCUGGGACAGAAAGCGUUCUUAAGUCAGAUUUGUACUAGUUCAGUUACUAGAGGAUGUUCAGAAGCUCAGGCCACAGUUUCAGGCAGAUCUGUGUCUGUAGUCGACACUCCUGCAAUAUGUUACACUCACACAAGCCCUGAUGAGUUAUUGAGAAGUGUGUGUUUAUCCAGUCCUGGACCUCACGCUUUCCUCAUUGUGUUUCCUGUGAACAUGAGAUUCACUGAACAGGAUGAGCGGAUUCCUCAGAUGAUUGAGCUGAUGUUUGGUGAGGGAGUGUUGAAUUACUGCAUCAUUCUCUUCACUCAUGGAGAUCUGCUGAAAGGAAAAAACAUAGAGAAGCUGAUAGAGGAGAACUGUAGAUUAAGAUCUGUAGUCCAGCAGUGUGGAGGCAGAUAUCAUGUGUUCAACAACAGAGAUGUGAAUAACAGAGAGCAGGUGGAGGAUCUACUGCAGAAGAUUGAAUCAAUGAUACAGCAGAAUGGAGGAGGACACUACACUAAUGAGAUGCACGAAGACACCCAGAAAGUCAGAGAGGAGGAAAAACUACAAGAGGAGAAACCGAGGCAGACCUGUGUGUGCAGUUGAUCCUCCUGGAUUGUUUGACAUAAUGUGGAAUUGUAUAACAGAGAGUAGGUGAAUGAUCUACUGUAGAAGACUGAAUCUGAAGCUACAGCAAAGUAUUUUACCCUAUGAUUCUAAAAUUAAAAUAAAGUAUGAAAUUUAAAACAAAACUUAAAAAACACUAAAGUUAUAGAUAGAUCAACUCAAAUGUAGCCUCAUAUUAUCAUCUUACAUCUGUUCUUUUCUUAACAAAGUUAAUGACCUACAAAUCACCUUUAAGCUCAAGAGUUUCCAUGAAAAAGAGAAAGGAAAAAAUGCACAGAUAAACAUACCUGAAUGAGAAGAUAAAAUGGAGAAGACAAGUAAUCUGGACUCUAGAUUGUAAUUAUUAUCCUGUAUUGUGUAAACGUUUGCAAUAUUUCACUGUCCAUCAUCUUGAUGGUUCAGUUGAUUUGUGUAUGCUGUUAUAGUUGUCGUUUGUUGU